AUGACCUCCCAUAGCUGGUCGCAACAAGUUAUCCAGGAGAGGGAAACGAAAUUAUACUCUCCCAUCCGCGAUGCUCUACUCGCGGCCUCCAUAAUCCCUGACGUUCUUGAUGACUUCACUCCAACAUUUCCGCUGCUCAUAAGCUACCCAUCAACUCACACAACCGUAAGCUUAGGCAGCUACCUUUCUCCAGAUGCCGUCCGCUCACAGCCCGUCUUCGAAUUCCACCCAUUUCCAUUCACUCCAGAUCCAGAUCCAUCUCCAAGUCCGGCCCGGGCACCCCAGCCUGACCAUCCCACAAAAUUCUACAGCAUAGUUCUCACCGAUCCAGAUGCAAAGAGCCGCAAACACCCCAUCUGGAGCGAAAUGUGCCACUGGGUCGUGAGCAAUAUAUCGAGCCCCGGGUAUUCUAGCCUUCAAGGACACAUUGGUAGGAACUCAGACAGCUUCACUGGCACAACCUUGUCAUACACUCUCACCGCGCAAAUCCUGAAAUCCUACCUUCCCCCUUCACCCCUGAUAUGCACCGGUUACCACCGGUAUGUUUUCGUGCUGUUGGAGGGUGACGCGGCAACUGCGUGCAAUGUGAGUGCCCCAAGAGAGCGGAAGCAUUGGGGCUAUGGCGGAGUGAGGCUGGGUGUGCGGAAUUGGGCGAAGGAGUAUGGACUGGAGGCUGUGGGAGCUACAUUUUUCUAUGCGAAGGCGGCUGAGGGGGAAUGA